CAGAUAUUUUUCAGUUAAUCUCUUUUCUUAUCCCUGUAGUACUAGCCUUAAGCAUAAUUGAAACUUCAGCCACCAAAAAAAAAAAAUGAGUUGUUCUUUGAAUCCUUUACAUGCAAUUACUUUGAAAAAUGGCUCAGUACACAGAAUUUCUAAAAGAGUUUCUUGUUCUAUGUUGAAUACAAGAGCUAUGGCUAAAGAAUUGUACUUUAACCAUGAUGGUUCUACCACAAAGAAACUUUUGGUCAUUAUGGAUUUCUUUUUUCUUUAUUUUCUUGAACUAUUACUCUCUCUGUUUCAUUUUAUGGCAGGUGUGGAUUUGGUGGCAGAGCUUGUAGGUGUAACUUUGGGUCCAAAAGGAAGGAAUGUAGUUCUUGCAAAUAAGUAUGGUCCUCCCAAGAUUGUUAAUGAUGGUGAAACUGUUCUUAAAGAGAUUCAGCUGGACGAUCCCCUUGAACAUGUCGGAGUAAAAUUGGUUAGGGAAGCCGGUGCCAAGACUAAUAAUCUUGCUGGCGAUGGUUGCACAACAUCUAUAGUGCUUGCUCGAGGUCUGAUUGCUGAAGGUGUCAAGGUUACUGCAAUGGGUGCAAAUGUUGUCCAAGUGUCUCGUGGAAUUGAGAAAACUGCUAAAGCCCUCAUUUCUGAGCUCAAGUUGAUGUCCAGAGAGGUUGAGGAUCACGAGCUGGAAGAUGUUGCUGCUGUUAGUGCUGGCAAUGAUUAUGCCAUCGGGAAGAUGAUUUCAGAAGCUCUUAGGCGGGUCGGGAAAAAAGGUGUUGUCACAAUUGAGAAAGGGAACUAUACUGAAACCAAUCUAGAAGUUGUAGAAGGAAUGCAGUUUGAUCGUGGCUAUUUGUCACCUUAUUUUGUAACUGAUCGACGAAAGAGGAUUGUGGAGCUUCACGAUUGUAAGUUGCUAUUGGUUGAUAAAAAAAUUUCAAACCCGAAGGAGUUGGUAAAAAUUUUGGACAAUGCAGUAAAGGAGAAAUACCCGGUUUUGAUAAUCGCAGAGGGCAUUGAGCAGGAUGCGCUGGCUCCAGUAAUUAGGAACAAACUCAGGGGUGUCCUAAAGGUAGCUGCAAUAAAAGCUCCAUCUUUCGGGGAGCGCAAGAGCCAUUGCUUAGAUGACAUUGCUAUCUUGACUGGAGGAACUGUGAUCAGAGAUGAUAUGGGCUUGACUCUUGAAAAUGCUCACAAGGCCUUGUUGGGCAGUGCUUCAAAGGUGGUAAUUACUAAGGACUCCACAUUGAUAGUUACUGAUGGAAAUACUCGAGCGGAUGUUAUGAAGAGGGUUUCUCUGAUACAGAAUCUUGUUGAGAACACAGAAGAAAAUUUCCAAAAGAAAAUCUUGAACGAAAGAAUUGCAAGAUUAUCUGGUGGUAUUGCCAUCAUUCAGGUGGGGGCACAAACACAGGUUGAGUUGAAAGACAAACAAUUAAGGAUUGAGGAUGCCCUUAAUGCUGCAAGGGCUGCUACAGAGGAAGGAGUAGUUGUGGGUGGUGGCUGUUGUCUUCUGAGACUAUCAUUAAAAGUGGAUGCUAUCAAAGAAAAGCUAGAUAAUGAAGAUCAGAAGAUAGGAGCUGAUAUUUUCAAAAGAGCACUAUCCUAUCCUGCAAAACAGAUAGCAAAGAAUGCUGGUGUAAAUGGAAAUAUCAUUGUAGAGAAGAUUUUGUCAGUCGAUAACAUGAAAUAUGGAUAUAAUGCUGCAAGAGACAGAUAUGAAGAUCUGAUGGCUGCCAAAAUUUUGGAUCCUACAAAGGUUGUUAGAUGUUGCCUAGAACAUGCAGCAGCAGUUGCCAAGACCUUCCUGAAAUCAGAUGCCGUUGUUAUUGACAUCCCGGAACCAGUAUCCAGAAUAAGACGACCACCACCAAUGCCAACUCCAGGUACUCCUAGUCCCACCAACAACUAUAAUAGGUCCAAGGCUCACUGGUCUCACAGGUCUAGGGGCAAGUGGUCUUUCGUCCAGACAUAAAUGAGAUAUGACUAAUUAUUUUGCCAGUAGCAGAAGAAGGUACUAGCUUAUCGUAAUGAUGCCAACUUCAAACAAUUUCUGCCAUGCUGACAAAAAUUUCAGAUGUGAAGGAAAAAAUUGAUGGUUUUUCCAUCAAAUGACACAUUAUAUUCCAAUUUCCGAAAUCUCUAAAGAACACGUCACAUCAUCAGACAGGAUUAUGCCCGAGUAGCAAUAUGUACAUGUUAGAUGUCUUGCUUAAGCUCAUUGCAUGAAAAGGAAAUGCAUUUUGAGCAAAUGCUUGCAAGUAUCUUAUAUGUCUAACAAUCAAAAUUCUGAAAGAACUGAUGGAAGAGCGAUCCAUGAAAGCAAAUGUGGAUUGUGUACGAGCAAUUAGUUCUAUAGCCGGAUUAAAGUAUAUUUUUUUUCCCCACAUAUGUAGUUCUGCUCAUAUCACGAGAAACACAUAUUUUGUCACCAAACAAAUUCAAUAUAGCAUCACCAAGAUCUGUUCUCCUGUCGAA